AAGCAAUAUUAUUGCGACUGCAACAACAAGAAAAAAAACAACGAAAAUGUUCCUUGGAUUCCUAUCAUAAUAUUGAUUUUCUUCAUUCAAAGAGAAUUCCGAUUUUAAUAAUCACAAUGGCAGAUGAUUUAGAUGACCUUCUGGAUGAAGUAGAAUCCAAAUUCUGCAAGCAAACCUCAAAUAAACCUCGUGAAACGAGCCGGAAUGGAAGGCCGUCUCCACAAUCAACAAACAACAGUCAAUUUUCAAGGAGAAAACCUAACAAUGAUCUGGAUGACAUGAUUGAUGAUAUUAUGGGUCUGCCAGAAUCGAACCAGGACAUUGACACGGACUCUCCUCGACUUUCGGGUGGUGAGACGAGGUUAGUGACAUCUGCAACAAAAAAAUGUUUUCCAUUGUAUCUAGGAGGGAGUCAAUAUGCUCAGGGAUUAGCAAAUUCUAUGAACCAAAGAGUAUGUGAUAAGAUACGCUGCACUGACUGUGAUUUUAAAGUGGUGUCGUUUGAUGAUUUCAUCUGGCAUUCGUCCGUUGACUAUUUAUUUCUUCGCAAUAAUGUUCCUGACUUCAAGAGACUGCGAGACAAGCUUAAAGUGAAGAAAGGACAUAAAGCCUAUGCCUGCCAGUGUAAAUGGACUACAGCUAAAGAACUUGUCAACAUCGCCGACUGCAAGGAUCUCAACUUGAAGUGGGUGUGUGGAAAACACUGACUGACGAUGACAAUCUUUUCCGAUUCGCUGUGAACAGUGUCACUUCAGUGACGACCUCAGUCUUUUCUUGCUGAAACCACCGUGUGAUCUAGAUCGUCUUAUUUGGUUUUCCUAAAUACUGAAGAAGUACCAGUACAUAUUCUGAGACAAAAUUUCUUUUUGGUCUGUACGUUUUAUGCUGUAAGUCAAUCAUAUCAGUCAAGAGGCAGUUCCAAUAAAAAACAAAGUGAGGUCUUUAUUUUUCCUUUUAUACUUGGGGCCAAAAGGGGGUGUAGCUCUGCACAGCUGAGUUGUUGUAGUUCAUGACUUUUCUCCUUGUCAUCUAAUGAUGAUAUAACUCUUGCUUAUUCAAACAAGUUGUGCUUCUGCUCAUCGUCGCUAAUUUCGUCUUUGUCCUUUCCUUGCACUGCCAGAUAUGUGGUGGUAGCCUCUCCACAUUCAGCAAGUUUGAGCUUUAAUGUGUACAUGUUAUUCUCUCGUGUUAAUGUAAAUAUGUAUGUUUGUGCCAAUAAGCAAAAAGUCUGUAAUUUUGAGCUUUAAUCGUUGAUAGAGGAGAUAAGGGCCAAGUUGAACAAAAUAAGUUUUUACUAACGACUAUGUGGCAGCAUGUCUUAUGCUAGGAUUUUAACCAAUGUGGACCCCUAAGACUGUCUCAAUAUUGUGAAUUAGUCCUCUGUCAUUUUCCUAUUGUUUGUUGGUGAAAUCCAGCUAUAAAUUUUGUAAGAGGCUGGGGGAAACUAUACAUGUUGGAGGAAUCUCGGGUUCACUGGGGUUCUCUGUACUGCUCCUAAUGUCAGCACAUACAUGAUGAUGUACUGUUUUAAAAUGCACCAAGUCGUUAACGAAAAUAGAUUGCCUGUUCUUUAUAGAGAUGACAAGAGUGCUAGAGGACUACCAUUAGAAUCCAGGACUAAACUUUUCAUGGCCGUCAAAAGUCAAACGGUUUCUUCAUUAACUCCUUGAAAGUUUGACUAACUAUUGAUUUGGUAGUUUCCCUUAAAUGCUGCACUGUAUCACUACUGUUCUAUUCCACUUUGGAGUCGCAAAAUAAAAUGGCUUUCAAAAUAA